AUGGAUGCUUUGUCUCUGAAUUCUAUCUCUGUAGCAUCAAAAAGGGUUGCAAAAGUGGCCGACAAAAAUAGGCAAUUAUUGAAGAAUAAGCAGAAAAUAGUUUAUUGCCACCAAGGUGGUGGUGGCGGACAUCAUGCAUUAAAAUCUAGUGGGGUGUCUUCUGUUUUGAUUCAAAAAUCAACGGUGAUUAGCACAGAUCAUGGAAGGGGUUUAAUGGAUUCAGGCAAUGCAGUUUUAGCCCCAAAUGGGAAUAGCCAGGCAGCUGCAGAUAUUGCGGUCAAGGAUUUGGUACCCUAUGGCGGCGGUUCAUCUACUCUGUUGGACAGGCAUGAUGAUCAUGAUAAUGUUAUUGGCAUUGUUAAGUUUCUCAGAGGAAAAUCCCUUCUCAUUACCGGUGCAACUGGUUUCUUGGGAAAAGUUCUUAUUGAGAAGAUACUGCGGACAGCACCUGAUGUUCGUAACAUAUUUGUCUUGAUCAAGGCAAAAAACAAUGAAGCUGCAAUGGAGAGAUUGAAAAAUGAAAUCAUCAAUGCAGAACUUUUCCAGUGUCUGAAAGAAACCUAUGGAAAAUCUUAUCAAGCUUUCAUAUUAAGCAAGUUAGUCCCUGUUCUUGGAAAUGUCUCCGAAUUUAAUCUUGGGUUUGAUGGAGAUAUAGCUGAUGUGAUGGGAAAAGAGGUUGAUAUAAUCAUAAAUUCAGCAGCUAAUACAACUUUUGAUGAAAGGUAUGAUGUUGCCCUUGAUAUAAACACUGGUGGACCUACCCGUCUCAUGAGCUUUGCAAAACAGUGCAAGAAACUUAAACUCUUUGUGCAAGGACGAGUGAUGGAGAAGCCUUUCUGCUUAGGAGAUAGUAUAGCAAUGGAGAGUCUUCUUUUAGGAAACCAACAAAGAUCCCUCCCUACAUUGCAAGUUGAGGAUGAAAUCAAGUUAGUUUUGGAAUCAAAAAAGGCUCUCGAAGAUAAUGUACUCGUCCAGAAAAUGAAAGAACUCGGUUUAGAGAGGGCAAACAAAUUCGGGUGGCAAGAUACUUACGUAUUUACAAAGGCUAUGGGAGAAAUGAUGAUUGAUAGUAUGAGAGGUGACAUACCAGUAGUUAUAAUGAGACCAAGUGUUAUUGAGAGCACAUACAAAGAGCCAUUCCCUGGAUGGAUGGAAGGGAGCAGGAUGAUGGAUCCAAUUAUUCUCUAUUACGGAAAGGGACAACUUACCGGAUUUCUGGUAGAUCCCAACGGAGUCCUUGAUGUAGUUCCAGCUGAUAUGGUGGUCAAUGCAACAUUGGCAGCCAUGGCAAAGCACGGGGCGGCUGGAAAAUCUGAAAGUAAUAUCUAUCAAAUUGCUUCUUCCAUCGUGAACCCGUUAGUUUUCAAGGACCUGGCCAGAUUGCUCUAUGAACACUUCAACUCCUCGCCAUUCACUGACUCAACAGGGUCGCCAAUUCGUGUUCCAUCAAUGAAGCUUUUCAGCUCUAUGGAAGAUUUUUCCUCUCACCUUUGGAGAGAGGCACUUAAACGAAGUGGGCUAGGAGCUUUGGCCAACCUUGAUGGGAAGUUGUCCCAGAAGCUCAAAAGUAUCUGCAGGAAAUCAGUGGAACAAGCAAAAUACUUGGCUAAUAUUUAUGAACCAUACACUUUCUACGGUGGAAGGUUUGACAAUAGCAACACUAAAAGACUGAUGGGAUACAUGUCGGAGGAGGAAAGACAGCAGUUCGGAUUUGAUGUUGAGAACAUAGAUUGGAAAGAUUAUAUCUCUAAUGUCCACAUUCCAGGAUUAAGGAGGCAUGUGACAAAGGGUAGAUGA